UAUAGAGACAGAUCAUGGAAGGUUUACUUCAGUGCCCUGCGAAUUACGUGCCUUUGACUCCCAUAAGCUUCUUAGAGAGAGCAGCUUUCGUCUAUGGCAACAAGGUUUCCAUUAUCUACGGCAAUACGAGGUACACAUGGAGACAGACCCACCAAAGGUGUUUGAAGCUCGCCUCCGCUCUGACGGGGUUGAAGAUCUCGCGCGGCGAUAUCGUUGCAGCUAUGGCACCAAACGUCCCUGCACUGUACGAGCUCCACUUUGCGGUUCCAAUGGCAGGCGCAACUCUUUCUGCGCUCAACGUAAGCCUUGACGAGCACACUUUGACGAUCAUUCUUCAACGGAUACGACCCAAAAUCAUCUUUGUCGACUCCGAGCUCGCACACCUCGUCUCCAAAGUCAUCCACAAAGAGAAUGACACGCACCUCCAAGAAAACUACCACGAUCACAAGCCACUCCUUGUCGCAAUCCACGACGUCUCACCGGCCUGUCGAACCCACUGUGAUCUUGAGGUUCGAGAGUAUGAACAAACCCUAGCUAUGGGAGAGAGCGAUUUCCAAGCCAUGAGUCCGGCCGAUGAGUGUGACCCUAUCUCGGUCAACUUCACUUCGGGGUCGACAGGGAUGCCCAAGGCAGUGGUGUACAGCCACCGGGCGGUGUACUUGAACUCUCUAGGGCUGAUCCUCCGAUACGACAUGGGAAAGUCGCCUGUGUUCUUAUGGACGGUGGACAUGUUCAGGUGCAACGGUUGGUGCUUCACGUGGGCAAUGGCAGCACUCGGCGGUGUUAAUGUGUGCAUUAGGAAUGUGUCGGCGAAGAUCAUCUUCGACUCCAUUCAGCUCCACAAGGUCACUCAUCUAUGUGGUAAACCCACUAUCCUAAAUAUGAUUGCUGAAUCCCCACUGGUCGACCGAAAGCCACUGCCUUCAGUGGUGGAUGUAAUCAUCGCCGGCGCAUUUCCGACGACUCCCGUCCUCGAGAGAGUCCAAGAACUUGGGUUCAAUAUUGUCAUCGGAUAUGGCAUGACAGAAGCCCUAGGGCCCGCCAUCAUCAGGUCCUGGAGGUCAUCGCAACACCACCACCAUGAGGAGGAGGAUGACGACGACCAUCAUAACCUGAAAUGUAGAGAAGGCCUCCAAAACAUCACACUGGAAGCUACCGAUGUCAAGGACCCGACCACCAUGCGGAGCGUUCCAAGCGACGGGGAAACAAUCGGAGAAGUCAUGCUCCGAGGGAACACCCUCAUGGUGGGCUACUUGGGCAACCCAAUGGCAACACAGGAGGCCUUUUCUGGCGGGUGGUUCAGGACUGGUGAUGUGGGGGUGCGGCAUGCAGAUGGUUGCAUAGAGAUGAAGGACCGAGCGAGGGACGUCAUAGUCAUAGGGAAGGAGGUGAUCAGCACAUUGGACAUAGAAGCCGUCUUGUUGAGCCACCCGAAGGUUGCGGAAGCUGCGGUUGUCGCCCGAAACGACGUUGUUGCGGGGCAAGUCCCAUACGCAUUUGUGAAGUUGAAGGAAGGGUGGAGUUCGGACCCCAAGGAGAUAGUAGGGUUUUGUGCGGAGCGGCUGCAAAGGGUGGCGAUGGUUCCGAAAACGGUGUGUUUCGGGGAAUUGCCAAUGAAUUCCACAGGGAAGGUGCAGAAGUCUGUGCUGAGAGAGAGAGCCGAUGCUUGUCCAUAGAACGAGCACAGCUUCGUAAGAACCAAAUCAUAAUGUUAUUGCUUCCCAUUGAACUACUUGUGUGUUUUUGUGUUAUUUGUCCUGACAUUGCAUAA